CAGAGGAAAAAAAUCACCCAAUCAUGUCUAUCCACACACACACACACACACUGCCAGCGAAUACCUCGCAAAUAGUCGGAACCACGGCAGCAGCCGGAAUAAAGAAGCGUCUUUUAGAGGAGAUCAAGCAAGGCAAUGAGGGUUUUUACUUACUAGUGGCCAGUGUCGCUCCUGAAAUCGUCGAAAGGUCAAUACAGAAUCGAGGAAUAUUCGGCUGUACGUGCCGAAUCACAUACGACGGCAGACACCCGACGAAAUGAUCCUCAAAAAUCCCAUCUGGGCCAAGGCCACCAGAGGGUGACUAUGUCUCCGAUAGAACAAUAUUUGUCUCCAUGGCAAACGACAUUUGGGAUGUGCCAAUCUAGAGGGCUAUGAUGAUUCAGUCUAAGAGUCUGGAUGGGCUUUUUCAUUCAAC